GCAUGAUACCUAAUCCUUAUUUCAUGUCGCAUUAUUCUCAUGAAACGCACAACAAUGUCAACAGGAAAGAAGAGUAAAAAAAGGAAGCUCAGUGAACAUGAAGAGAACAAAAGAUAUUCUGUGAUAGAUAACGAAGAGGAUGAAGUAAUAAAGAAGAAAAGAAAACACAACCACAAACAUAGGGACCAAUCCUCAUCCAGUUCUUCCUCCUCUGAUAGCUCAUCGUCAUCAUCAUCGUCAUCAUCAUCAUCCAGUGAUUCAGAUUCUUCUUCAGAUGAUGACUACAAGAAAAGACACAAACGCAAGCAUAAGCAUGAAGACAAUUAUAAAAAGAAGAAAGCAAAAAGGAGGAAAAGUAAAGAUGACAAAGGUCCAGUUCAGCUUUCACAGUUUAUGAAGGACAGGCACAAGAGAGGUAGUCAUGAGGAGAGGAGUGCUGUGUCAGGGCAGAAAAUAAAGAGAAAAUUGAAGAAAUCAAAGAUAGACAAAAUGCGAGACAAGAGCCGAGAGGAACGGCUUAAUUUUCUGAAUGCCACAAUGUGAAGCUGCCUAUACUAGGUGAAGGGAGGCUACUCUUUCAGACAAUACAAUAUUUGUGAUGCAGUUAUUUUCCUUUUACUGGUUUGUGGGGUAUAAAGGGAUAAACACUGUUUUAGUAUUUAUAUGCUUGUAUGUACAUUUUUGAAUUGUAAGAAAUCUAGCAAUUGAAUAUCUUCAUUCAACUCACUUUGCUACCUUGAAAAGAAUGUUUUAUUUACAUAUUUGAUUUAUUGCACUCUACAUUGUUGAAGAAUUGUUGGGUUUUGUGGCUCUUCAAGUGCUCUUACUUGCAUGUACAUGAGGGUGUUCGUGAGUUCUUAUUGGUAUUUAUUGGUUUUUAACUCCCUUUUCAUUAAAAUACUGUCUAAUUUUCAUCUGCUUUGAGAACUGCUUAUUAGUAACCUACUGAUGUGCCAACUAGGGAGGCUUACAGUUUGUCCCCAUCCAUCUUUCAGCUUCUCGGUCACAAAAAGUGGAUCCUGCUUCAGGAUGUUUUUUUCAUGAAACUUGGUUCAUGGAUAAGCAAAGAAUAUAACUGCAAUGCUGUUGAAAAAUGGCGCUAAGUCCCAAACAAACAAACAAACACUGUUCCUCCAACUAUGAUUAAAGUUGAGAAGUUGGCAAUGUCUUGCAAAGAACAGGUUAUUACAUGUACAAAAACAAGGAACAUUGGUUAGGUUAAUUACCUGCCAUUGCAGAGCUGAAACACUGUUGAAAAAUAGCCUUUAACCCAAAACCAAUGAUGAAAACUGCAAGUUUUUCACGAAACCUUGUUUACAAAAUGAUGACAAUAUACAGAUAAUUUUUUGUUUAAAUAUAUAUACUAAUUUAUUUUAGCUUGUUUUUAGAAUCAAGCCUAUUUGAACCACUUGUGAGUCUGUUUCCUGGAGAAAAAGACAGAGCUGGUGUCAUAAGAGAAGGCUUUGUUGUGACCCCAGUGUUUUUUUGUUGCAAUGCAAUGACAAAAAUGGAUCCUACUUUUACUUUGAAAGAGUUUUCAUUAAGCCGGAUAGAUGGAUAGAGGGCAAUAUGGAGAAUGUGCAGGUCAUUUUAUGGUUUUUGUCAUCUGUAUUAAAUAUUAUAUAUUAUAUAUAUAUAUAUUAUACUUCUGCUAUUUAAGCAUAUGCCUCCUCCCUUGUUGGGGACUUUGUUGUGAGGAAAUGUCUUGUUAGAUAUGUUGUUUGAUUAUACUUAUGAUAAUACCUGUAAUUGUUUAAUAUAUAAAACUGAUGUUCUGAGACGAAGUAAUUAGAAAUAAAUAGAUAAAUAAAAAAUAGAGUAGUA